AUGGGCUCCAAGUACCCACCGUCUCUCCGGGUCUGCCUGCCCUGGUGGGCCUUAGCGCUGGAGGCAGCUUUCAUUCUCGUCUUCUUUUUUUACACCUCCUAUGACACGUCCUCGAAGAAUCAGAAGACACUCAUGGAGACCUAUCGAGGCUUCCAGGACGUCACCGUCAUGGCGGCCCUUGGCAUGAGCUUCCUGGCCUCAUCUUUGCGGAGAUACAGCUGGAGCGGUGUGGCCUUCAGCCUCUUCCUGCUGGUGCUCGGGGUGCAGUGGGCACUUCUGGUGGAUGGCUUCCUGGAAAACGUCUCCACUGGGAAGGUGGUCAUCACACUCCUCAGAGCCCAGCUGGCCACCAUGAGCGCCGUGUCGGUGCUGAUCUCGCUGGGAGCCAUCCUGGGGAAGGCUAAUUUGUUGCAGCUGUUGGUGAUGGUGCCGCUGGAGGUGACAGCCUUCAGCACCAUGAGGAUGGUCAACAGGCGCUUCCUCAAUAUAGAUGAUCACUCAAACAUGAUGCACAUCUACGUGUUUUCGGCCUAUUUCGGGCUGACUGUGGCCUAUUGCCUCUCAAGGGGCCUGCCCAGUGGAAUUCAGGAGAAAGAUCGGACGGCAACAAGCCCCAGUUUGUUUGCCAUGCUGGGCACCCUCUUCUUGUGGACAUUCUGGCCAAGUUUCAACUGUGCUCUGCUGAAUGAUCCAAAUGAAAGGAAGAAUGCCGUAUUCAACACCUACUACGCCCUGGCGGUCAGCACGGUGACAGCCACCUCAGUGUCUGCCUGGGCUCACCCCCAAGGGAAGAUCAACAUGACUCAUAUCCACAAUGCGGUGCUGGCAGGAGGCGUGGCAGUGGGUGCCUCGUGUCACCUGAUCUCUUCUCCCUGGCUCGCUAUGGUGCUGGGCUUUGUGGCUGGGCUCAUCUCCAGCGCGGGAGCAGAGUGCCUGCCGGUGUGUUUUAACCAAGUGCUGGGGGUUCAUGAUACCUGUGGUGUGUACUACACAUUCAGCUUGCCGGGUCUGCUUGGAGGAAUCACCUAUAUUGUGUUAUUGACGCUUCAGAUCAGCUGGACCAAGAAUUCCAUGACUGGCUACCAGGUGCUGUAUUCUGAGGCACUCAGGAUGGCCGUGGCGUCUAAUGCCUUGUGUCUGGUGUUUAGCCUGGUGUCCGGUUUCCUGACAGUUUCCUCAUUUGGCUGUUGGAUUUUAAGCAAAAGCAUCCAAGAAAAACAAGGCCUAUUUGAAAACAAGACAACUUCCUUUCACCAUUGCUCACCUUUGUAUUCAACUAACACUUACUACAGCAAAGCCUCCUUAUGUGCAAUGAAACAAUGCUAGAGAUAGAUUUGAUAUUAAAAAAUAGAGGACUAAAAACUUGUUUAAGAGGGAAUUCAAUAAUAGUUUUCAAUAAAUGUUUGCUUUCAUUAAAGGUGAUGGUAUCACUAUUUUCUUGGUUGCAGAGACAAAGUUUUGGUUCAAUUUUGUUGACAAUUCUUAGCUUCUUUCUAAUGCUUAAUAAAAUAUGCUACCCAGUUAACUCUUGUUUACAUGAACGGAUCAUAUAACACAAAAUAGGACAAUGAAGAACUCACUUAUAUUUAGUCCUUGCAGACAUAAUGCUUUUAUUCCAGCAGUUUUACAAGAUAGUUAGUGUUCCCUGCGCAUAUUCUGAGUCGUACUGCGGGGAAAGAGGCUGUAGUCAGUUGUGGGGUAGGGGUUGCACUGCCACAGGGUUAAAAAACUAGUUCUGGGACCUUAAGGA